AUGGUGUUAACAACGUACAGUACGGCCACUGCGCUACUUGUGUGGGCGUUAUGUUUUUCGAUCACGCAAUGUGCCGAAAACCACCAGAAAAUCGGCACUUGUACGUUUAUUGUCCAUCCGGUGUGUCCCGACCCUUCGAUCAAUUUUUACUUAUACACCAGAGAGAACCAACACGAUGCUCAAUUGGUCACGGUAGAAAAUAUUACCGAGUCAUACUACGUCAAGUCUCUUCCAAAUAAGUUCAUCUUACACGGGUUCAACAGUAAUAUGAUGCUAAACGUACUUCAAAGCAUAAAAGAUGAAUACCUAAUGCAGGCAGACGUCAACGUCUGGAUGAUCGAUUACCGUGAAGUCUCGGCCGGGCCCCGUGAGUGUUAUUUGGCUGCGGUGUUCAACCUGCCGGCGGUGGGUAAGUGCACUGCUCUGUUCGUGCGUAAAAUCAUUGAGCUGUCCGAGGUGGAUGUGCCCGAAGAGACGAUGCACGUGAUCGGGUUCAGCCUAGGUGGCCAGUUAGCCAGUCAGAUAUCCAAAAACCUUAAGCCCAUCAAGUUGCCGAGGAUCACGGGACUAGAUCCGGCUCUGCCGUUGUUCUACAGCUCGCACCUUAACAGAAGACUGAGUCGCAACGACGCCGAUUUCGUGGACGUGAUACAUACGAACGCGUUGAUCCAGGGCCAGUUGGCGCCAUGCGGCGACGUAGACUUUUAUGUCAACGGCGGAUUGGCACAACCUGGCUGUCACAACAGUUCAAAUCCAAUCGGUUGUGAUCAUCACAUGGCUCCGACUUACUUCGCCGAGAGCAUCAGAUCGGUGACGGGUUUCUGGUCUUGGCCGUGUCCGAGUGCGUUCGAAUAUUUCUCUGGCAAGUGUCCACGGCAAGGCGACCACGAGCUGAUGGGAGAGUGCGUGAACCACAGUGCCAGGGGUCAAUAUGUAUUGCACACGAACAGUGAACCACCUUAUGCGCAAGGCGACUGGAAGCGGUGA